AUGAUUCGAUUUAAUCGUUUAAUUCAUGUUACAUCUAGAUUUCAAUUUCAUCAUGUAAAUUUUGUAUCAAAAGAACGCGGUCAACUAUAUUUAACUAGAUUACACUCAACUAAUAAUAAAAAGUCGAAUUCGAUAAAUCCAAUAUCUCGGUUGGACAAAUUAUCAAAUGCUAGAAAUCCGAUCCCUCUACAAAAAAGACAUUUGAACCAAGAUACUAAUGCGGCGGGAGUAUGGGAUCCUUUCCCCGAUCCUUUUCAGCCAAUUGUGGAAUACUCGGCAGAAACUGCUUUGGGUGACGAUGAGGAUGAUCCAAAGAAAAAAAAAAAACCAUCAAUCAAAGGUGGUUCUGGUCAUCAUCCACCUCCAAAACCAGUACUUUCCCCUCGUGUCAUGGAUGCUGUUUUAACUACUGUAAUGGGUCUAGCAGCUGUAGGUCUUGGUGGUGUAGUUUAUCAAGAAUGGUAUGAAUGGAAUGAACAGCAUAAAGUUUUGUUGGCAUUUACAAAACCGAUCCCAUUAUUAAAGUCAAGAACAUCAGAAUCAUUUUUUGCCAGAGCAGAACAAAAAAAAAUUGCAUCCGUUGUAGCGGGUCAUAAUAAAUCAAAAUAUUUUUUACUUGUUGGUGAAAGAGGAACUGGAAAAACCCAAUUAGUAUUAAAUGCAAUGGAAAAGAUUGGACAUUAUGGGAUUGUAUUUUGUGAGGCUCAUUCAGAUAGUGAAGUUUUUAAAACCAGAUUAGGGAGGGCCUUAAGUUAUACUUAUAGGGAAGAUUAUGUUGGUCAACUCUUUGCCAGAGAAGCCCCUGAAAGAGGGUCUGCUUUGUUGGAUGUUGAAAAGGCUUUUAAUAUGAUAGAACAGGUUGCGACUAAAUAUGUUAGAAGAAGAGGUCGUCCAUUAGUUCUAAUUAUUAAUAACAUUCAUGCAUUUAAAGAUGAUGAUGAUGGUAUAGACUUGUUGGAACUUUUGCAACAACGAGCAGAAUCAUGGGCUGCUGCUAGACUUGUCACAAUGGUUUUUAACACCGAUGAUUAUUCUGUUUAUGAGCGAUUGAAGCGAGACGCAUCUCGUAUGGAAGUCAUUAGGGUUAAUGAUCUAUCACCCGAGGAAGCCGUAAGAUUAUUGAAAGAAAAACGUAGGGGUCGUGAACCUGAUGAAGAUCUUAAAAACCUUAUUAUAAAUCGUAUCGGAGGUCGCCUUUCUUAUGUAAAUCGAUUGGGAAGAGAAGAUGAUAUUUAUAUAACUACAGAGAAACUUGAAAAUGAAGAAAGAACGUGGUUGACAAAUCAAAUUGGAUUAAUCCCAGAUUUUGAAGAGACAGCGUUUGACAGUCAAAAAUACGCAUCAUGUGCAUGGAAAUUAAUUAGGGCUUUGGUAAAAUCUGAAGAAAAGAAAUUAACAAUAAAUGAUUGUAGAAUUAUUACGGGAAAUCCGAAAUGGAUAGAAAUGUUGGAUCAUGAUAAUAUUAUCAUGAUCGAUGAUCAACAAUGCGUUAAAGCCGAUUCAAAAAUUUUACAAAAUCUUUUCGAAGAGUUUGUAAAUCGUGAAGAUUUUGAUGAGAAAUUAGACAAUGUUUGUGAAAGGGUUGAAGAGGUUGAUAAGGAACAAAGAACGAGAGAGAUAAUAUGGAGCAAAAAGAAUGACCAAGUCGUCAAAUUUGGACAUCCAAAGAAAGAGGGUUGGUUUUGGUGA